UGACGUGCCUCAGUUGUGGCCCUUCGAAUAAACAAGUGCAAGGAGGGCGCAUGCGCACUGUGUUCCAGCCAGCCAGCAUGGAUUUUUCGGCGGCGCGUCUUGCUAUUCUGAAUGUGUUGAAAGGGGCGCGGCCGGAAGAUCUGCCCCGCCUCCUUCACUGGAUCAAGACGACCAGUGACUUUGAUGAAUUCAUAUCCAAUAAUGAUGAUGUUAUUCUUAGAAGUAUUGCUGAAGAUCUUCGACAUUCUUUGCCCAAAGAGGCAAUGCUCAACUCAGAACAUAUUGCUCUUCAAAAAUUACAAGAACAAACAAAACCAACUGUUCAUAUUGAUGCAUUCCUUUACGAUGAUAACUGUAUUGACUCAUUGUGUGAUAAAGGAAAGAUGAGUAGAAACUACUGUUUAACCUGUGGCUCACAUCGGACAGCACCAUUGGAGUUCAUCUCCCAUUCAUUUUCCCUCGUGGAAGUCAAGUUUCUGUAUCAGCAUGUACUGCCUGACUUGACAGGAAAGGUUUUGGUUGACGUUGGCUCCAGACUUGGUGUGGUCCUGUUUGGGGGCUACUUUCUUAGCUCAGCAUCUCAUCUCUAUGGUGUUGAAAUGAAUGCAGAUUUUUGCCAGUUGCAGGAAGCAAUCAUUGCAAAAUACCAGCUCUGUGAAAGAGUGAAGGUGGUUAAUGCAGACAUCUGUACUCAGGCUUCACUUCUUCAGAAUGCUGAUGUUGUAGUAAUGAAUAAUGUAUUUGAAUAUUUCCUGGACAGAUUAGAACAAUCCAGAUGCUGGGAAUUCAUCCAUCAGAAUGUAAGAAAGAAAGGGUCAUUGUUAGUGACUGUCCCAAGCCUUGAGAAAUCUCUUGCAAAUCUUCAGGUGGAUAUUCAACUGAAUCAGUGGGUAGAAUCAGUGCCAUUGAACUAUGAUGUAUACUUGGAAGAAGAUGCUGAUAGAGAAGCGCUUGAAGAAAUUAAUUUAUACAGGAUUCUGUAAUAUCACCUAGGUUUUCCCAUUAAGUGGCAGCCAAGAAGAAAACAAGAUUCCUUCUCCAACCCAGAAUGGAAAGAAAGCUGGGUGGAAGGCAUAUAUGUUUGAAUGGGACCCUACCACUAUCCACCACUGGCUUUCUGUUCUGGCCACCAGCAUAUGGUCUUUGACAUCCCAUUUGCCCCAAUUUAAAUAUUGCCCAUUCCAAUUGUUGUUUUAAGAAUUAACUCUUAAAAACUAGACUAAAAGAAAUCCUCUGUCUCAGGCGAGGGGAUACUUGAUAUGUUUAGGUGUGCAUGUGUGUCAGGAGGACUUGAGAAACUGCAAGUAGCUUCUGGUGUGAGAAAAUUGGCCGUCUGCAAGCACAUUGCCCAGGGGACAUCCGGCAACCUUCAGGUCAGCCACCCAACAUUCAAGUCAACAGUCUGCCGGCACAAGUGUUUAACCCACCGCGCCAUUGGGGGCUACUUUUAUUUGAUAUGUGAAAUCCAUGCAAAGGUCAACAUUUGUUUUUAAUCUUGUAUUUCUUGUUCAGAACUUGACUUGCAAUCACUUGUCCAGAAAUGACCUGGUUUAUUACAUUUAGUAUUCUUUUAUAAUACAGUCCAGUUAAAGUAAAUUUGAAAAAUCAUCAUGAUAAGGUAGUUUAAAUACUGCUUUUUAAGGACUCUUUCAACUUAGUUUCCUUUCUUUAAAAAGGAAAGUGUUACCUGUAAUCUGAAAAAAAGGGUACGUAUAUAGUUAAUGUUGUUCAGUUUGAGUCUUGUUUUUUCUGGCUAAUUAAUGAUGCACCAAGUAUAUCCCACUGCUUGUAAGUCCAUAACAUUUUAAUCUGCCUCAAAUUUAAUCAAACACUCCUAUUGUUUACACCUAUUUCAGGUUUUGAGCAUUCUAUAUACCAGAGUUUUUAAAGAGCAUUUAAAAGCAAAUGUGAGUAAACCAGAUUGUGCUGGUCUAAGCAUUCUGAAUGUAAAGAUUAAAGCAUUUAAUGUAAUAUAUUUGAAUUUCAGCCAAGUUUUCAAACUUUAUUGUAAUAAAUAAAACUGAGCUUUUAUUUUCA